AAAGAGAGAGAGAAAGGCGCUAUAUAUAGCCGAGGGAGGGGCCGGCCACCUUCGUUUUCAUAUCUCCCUUCCCUCCUCUUUCUCUAUCCCAUAAGGAAGAAGCACACAAAUCCAUCACACCCCCCCUCCCUCCUCCUCCUCCUCCAUUUUUAAUCGUUUCCAAAUCCAUCAAAUAUCAUUCCCCCAAACAGAUCUUCUUCUUUUUUUCCUUUCCUUCUUUCUCUCUCCUGAAUCCAAGUUUUCCCCAUUCUUUCUUUCUUUCUUUCUUUCUUUCCCCUUUUCACCGACGACGACGACGACGAUGAUGAUCCAUUGAAUCUUUCAUUCAAGUUCUUGAACCAUUCGUGUGGACGGACUCAGGACUCGCGACAACAUUUAUAAUAUCGGUGUGAAGCUCUUUGGGUUUUGGAAGCGAACAGGGAUCUCUGCAGAAGAAAUGGAGCAGAAGAAUGUCCUCUUGUCGGCAUUGAGCGUCGGCGUUGGGGUCGGUGUGGGCUUAGGCUUGGCUUCCGGGCAAAAGGUGGGCAGGUGGAUGAGUGGGAACUCUUCUGAUGAGAUCACGUCUCAGCAGAUUGAACAGGAGUUGUUGAAACAGAUCAUUGAUGGCAAACAAACCAAUAUUAAGUUCGACGAGUUCCCCUAUUACCUGAGCCAACAAACUUGGGCAUUGUUGACGAGUGCGGCAUUUGUUCACCUAAAGCAUGCCGACUUGUCUAAGCACACUCGGAACCUUUCAGCUGCGAGUAGGACUAUACUGCUCUCUGGGCCAGCUGAACUUUACCAACAAAUGCUUGCCAAGGCUUUAGCUCACUACUUCGGAUCAAAACUGCUGAUCUUGGAUAUCUCCGAGUUUUCACUUAAGAUGCAAAACAAGUACGGGUGUCCCACCAAAGAACCGUCUUUCAAGAGGUCUAUCUCGGAGGUGACCUUGGAGCGAAUGUCCAGCUUGUUCAGUUCCUUCUCAGUUUCACCUUCAAGGGAGAAAAGAGGCACAUUACAUAGGCAAACCAGCAGCUUCGAUGUUAAAUCAAGGGGUCUGGAAGAAUCUAGUAAUCCCUCCAAGCAUCGUAGGAACACCUCGAUGACGUCUGAGAGCAGUAUUUGCUCUGACUUCAAUCCUAUGACUUCAGCAUCAUUCUCCAAGCGAACUAGUCGAUGGUGUUUUGAUGAGAAACUGUUUCUACAAUCACUUUACAAGGUCUUGGUUUCAGUGUCAGAGAUAAGUUCGGUCAUUUUGUACCUCAGAGAUGCUGAGAGGCUUCUUCUUCAAUCAGAAAGGCUAUACAAAUUGUUCCACAGAAUGAUUCAUAGACUCUCGGGAUCUGUAUUAAUUCUUGGUUCUCGGAAGCUUGAUGAGGAGGAUGAUUGUGCGGAAGUUGAUGAGAGGCUCAGCUCUCUGUUUCCUUACAACAUCGUGAUAAAGCCACCCGAAGAUGAGACUCAUCUCAUGAGCUGGAAGGCUCAGUUGGAAGAGGAUAUGAAAAUGCUCCAGGUCCAAGACAACAGGAACCACAUUGCUGAGGUUUUAGCAGCAAAUGAUAUUGUUUGCGAUGAUUUGGUAUCAUUCUGUCACUCAGACACGAUCUCUCUUAGCAAUUACAUUGAAGAGAUCGUUGUUUCUGCAAUCUCUUAUCAUCUUAUGAAUAACAAGGAUCCGGAAUAUCGAAAUGGAAAGCUUGUCAUAACCUCACAAAGCUUGUCCCAUGGGCUGAAUAUCUUCCAGGAAGGGAAAGGCGGGGACAAGGAGAGUUUAAAGAUGGAGCAAAAUGCUGAAUCUUCUAAGGCAACCAAAGGGGAAGAUAUUUUCGGCGCAAAAACUGAUCUCAAGUCUGAUAACUUGACAAUUGAGAGCAAGACUGAGGCAGAGAAAUCGGGCUCUGCUGCGAAGAAAGACUCAGAGAAUCCCCCUCCCAAGGCUCCGGAAGUACCUCCAGAUAAUGAGUUCGAGAAGCGCAUAAGGCCCGAGGUCAUCCCAGCGAACGAGAUCGGAGUCACGUUCGCAGAUAUUGGUGCUUUAGAUGAGAUCAAAGAGUCGCUCCAAGAGCUCGUCAUGCUCCCGCUCCGAAGGCCCGACCUCUUCAAAGGCGGCCUCCUGAAGCCUUGCAGAGGCAUACUUCUCUUUGGCCCCCCUGGCACAGGCAAGACAAUGCUCGCAAAGGCAAUCGCAAAUGAGGCAGGAGCAAGCUUCAUAAACGUCUCCAUGUCCACCAUCACAUCAAAGUGGUUUGGGGAAGAUGAGAAGAACGUGAGAGCGCUCUUUACGCUUGCAGCUAAAGUUUCACCCACAAUAAUUUUUGUGGAUGAGGUUGAUAGCAUGCUAGGACAAAGGACAAGGGUUGGGGAGCAUGAAGCUAUGCGUAAGAUCAAGAACGAGUUCAUGACGCAUUGGGAUGGUUUGCUGACAAAGCCAGGGGAGCGCAUUCUUGUUCUUGCAGCAACAAACAGGCCGUUUGACCUCGACGAGGCUAUUAUCAGGCGGUUUGAAAGGAGGAUAAUGGUCGGUCUCCCAUCAGUUGAAAACCGGGAAAUGAUCUUAAAAACUCUUCUGUCAAAGGAGAAAGUUGAAGAUCUGGACUAUAAGGAGCUUGCUACCAUGACAGAAGGAUACAGCGGAAGCGACCUCAAGAAUCUGUGCGUGACAGCUGCAUAUCGUCCUGUUAGGGAGCUAAUUCAGCAGGAGAGGUUGAAAGAUAAGGAAAGGAAGCAAAGAGCCGCCGAUGAAGGGAAGAGCUCAGAGGAUUCCACGGAGAAGAAAGAGGAAAAAGAAGAAGAGAGUAAAGAGGAUAAAGAGGAAGCAGUGAUCACGCUGAGGCCCCUGAACAUGGAAGAUAUGAGGCAGGCCAAGAAUCAGGUGGCCGCAAGCUUUGCAGCUGAAGGCUCGGUAAUGAGUGAGCUGAAGCAGUGGAACGAUCUGUACGGGGAAGGAGGAUCCAGGAAGAAGCAACAGCUAUCUUACUUCCUCUAGGUUCUCCGGCAAGUAUCAUGCAAAAUGUAAGCACGGCAACCACGUCUUUCCACGACUUAUGCCUUGGCGAGCAAGCGACCAUAGAAAGUCCUUAAAGAACAAACUCAAGAUGUAUCUCAUGCAGUAACAUAGAGCAGCAAGUGAAGAAUUCUGCAGCAAGAAGAGGACAGACCCUCAUAGACGCCAUUAAGUAGGGAGAUUUUUUUAGCCUGGACUCUAUGGAGUUUGGUGAUGUUAAUUAAUUCUAUGUGAUUAUGAGUGUGGGAAACUUAGAAAUGCUACAAACGGAAGGUUUUUUUUUUUUUUUUUUGCCCUUUCUUUGGUUCAUCGAUUUGUAGAUAGGCUUAUUGAAGACGUUGUUUGAAAGAGUGGAAGAUUUGUAAAUUGUAUAUUUUGGGUGAUGUUGAAUAGAGUACAUAGAUGUUCUAGGUUUGCUUCAUUA